AUGGAAGAGGAAUUUCCUACUCAGUUGAACGUGCCUUAUCAUUAUCCAAAGCCAUCACGUCAAAUGACAAAUGGAUUUUCCCUGACCUCCGAGCCAGCUUUUUUUGACGAAAGAAUGUAUUUGUACGACAAAUUUUACAAAUUAAUUAAACGUAUUUCGUAUGAUGCAAACAAAAAAGGACCAUAUUCUUUCGAAAGUUAUACGCCCAAUGCCAAAUAUCCCGCAUUCGGGCUUCUACGCUUUCCAGAAUACAAUCAAUUUGAUGGUCCAGUUGAAUAUCACAAAACAAUCACAAUAUGGAAAGAAAAAGUCCUGAAAUUUUGUACAGGUGUCCUUCUUCCCUCUCCGAUUCUCUGCAAAACUUUCAUUCCUUCCCGUCCAUCAAUUCUCGACCCUUCUACUCCUUAUUACAGAAAAUUCGAUCCGAAGAAAUAUCCCCUCCAGCCAAAGAACAUGAUUUUCCUUCAUGAAGCACUUUUAAGUGAUAAACCGCCGAAUUAUUACGAAGUUUUCCCUCAGCAGUUUCCGAAACGCGAUGAAGUAGUUCUUGCCGACCACCUUGUCAACAAGAUGCAAUGGCAGUCGCAAAUGGUUGUCAAAGAACCUCUUACUUUGAUUUAUUCGAAUUUUCAAGAAUAUCACGAAGCAUUCAAGAACUGGAUGAAUCUCGUUACGCAAAGAUUCUGUGUACAGCCACCAAUUCCAGUCAGACAAUUCAAAGAUAUCUUGAAAAUGCCGAAAUACGAACCAAUGGUUUCGACGAAAUUCAAAGUUGACCCACAAAAGCAGAAGGACAUGAUCAAGGAUAUGCCAGACUACUCAUGGGUAAGCUCUGUGAAGCAAAAAGGGCUUCCUAGAGCUCCACACAUUCCAAAAGUCCUGAAAAUCAAAUAUAUACCGAUAGUAAAGACAGAAUACGAAAACAUUAUCGUUUACGGUGUCAUGAAAGAGACUUUCAAGCAAGAUUUCAUAGAUUACGGUUUUGAUACGAAAACCAAGUAUUCCGAAGGUCCCGUUUACCCAUUCACCUACUUGGUAUACCAUCAGAAGGACAAGGAAUCCAUCAGAGCCGGUCUGAAGAAAAUUAUCAAAUCAAUCCAGCCAAAUGACCCGUAUUCCAUUCUUAAAUUCCUUGAUUACGAAUUCAAUUGGGAUGUCCUGCGUCUGAUCGUCUCUUCGAAGAUAAAAGGCACCAAAAUGCUCGAAGUUAUACUUACUCCGCCAAAUUUCGAUCUUUUCAAGGUUAUUCUCCUCUACUCUCAGAAAUCCAUCGACCACAGCUAUCGAUGCUCAAUUCUCCUGAAGAUUUUGAUCUACCAUUCGAAAUUUACCAACAUUUUGCCUGUUCUCUUCCAAAAAGAAAAUAUCCACUACCUCUACCAAUUCACCAGGCUUAUAAUGCUCACUUGUGACUAUAACAUUCCCCUCCAUCCAGUGUACGGAGACUCGGAAAUCGCGAUUUUGAUUGCUCAAGCUCAUUUCGCUUCCGAUCUCAUUGCUUCGUAUAUAUUCCAGAUUGACACGCAAGGUGAGCGCGAUAUCAAUAAUAUUUGCCACAAAAUUACUGCAGAAAUUGCGAAAUAUUUCUCAAUUCAAGAAAACAAAGAAAGAUUAUUUGAAUCGCUUCGCUCGAAUGAAUUCACAGAAGAGUCGCGCUGCUACUGCACUCUUUCCAUCAUCUUUUCUGAGAGAAUUAUCGAAACAUUAUUUUCUCAAGACACAAUCAACAUUAUUUUGUCGAUUCUUCCUUACAAAGUUGGCAAAUACUUCAUCUACAACUGUGUUUACGCCAAUACUUACAAAAUGGCGCUACUUUUCAUCAGAUCAAGUUUAUCCUUCAACCACAACAACUUAAUCACCGUAGAUCACAACACUGCCUACUUCCUCGGCUAUUUCAUCGAUUGCUUACCUUCAUUUAUGUUCAGUUGCAAGGGAUAUUCUCCAUUCGACCAUGUCAACCGAAUUUUACAGACCACCCUUAACGAUCUCAACCAGAACUUGAUCCCCUUCGUCUACUCCCUGGUCAAAUUCAUCUCCAAUGUCAACAGUAUGAAAUUGGACUCAAUUAACCUGUUCCAGGACUUGAUUGGCUCCGCAAUCUGCAGAAUUGACGUCCAAUACAACAUGGAGAAGAACAUUUCCUACAAGAACGUCCUCAAAUUCCUUAAACCGAUAUCAAAGAUCAAAUUCUUCCCUCAGAAGUUCCUGGAAGCACCGGAUUUGGUCCUCGCAGUCAUGGAUCAGCUCGAAUCUCCAAAUAUGGUCACAAUGCUCGGAAGUUGGGGAAUUUUCAAGGCUGCGUGCGCUUCUCAAGACUUAAUGCACUCAAUACUGCUGAUUGGAGGCGUGGACAAGAGGUUGCAGAAGCUCACGAGUUCAGAAAACCCUUAUGUUAUUUCCGAAUUUUGCAUUUUCAUCAAAAACCUCGGAAAACACGAUGCCAAGCUUCUUGAUCUCCUUGAAUCCCUCAUCCAGCCAUCGAUGGGCAGAUUUGCCUGCACAAUCAAGAACAUGGACUUCUUAUUCGCUGAUUACGCGAAGACAAAGAAGUCAAUCAACGACAUGCUGAUGCAGGUUUACUCUGUCAACUCCAAGUUCUCUACUGAUUUGACUCCGCACUUGAUGUCCCUGCAAAUGGACUUGAGAAGGUACAUGAGAAGGUCAACAUUCAUUUUCAGGAACUCUGGAUCGAAUUAA